AUGGAAGAGUAUCUGAAUCAAUUCAAAGUGAUAGCUGAUCAGCUUGCUUUAGUAUCUUCACCUGUUGAUGAUGAAGAUCUUAUUCUUCUGAUUUUGAAUUGUUUGCCUGAUGAAUACAAUGCCUUGAAGACAACUGCAAUUUUUCUAACAGAGGAGGUCAUAGAGGCUAUUAUGGAGGCAGAGGCAGAGAUGGAGGCAGGUUUCGAGAAGGUCCAACUAAUCAAUCUGGUUAUUCUCAGAGAGACCUCACAAAGUUCCGGCCACUCUAAAGCCUAUGUAGCAUCUGCUCCAGCCUCCACUUCAAAUGUCAAUUGGUUUUUAGACUCUAGAGCUACUAAUCAUGUGACUAAUGAUCUUGAUCAUGUCUCUUUCUAUCAACCUUAUCAAGGACAUGAGCAAGUAGCCAUUGGUGAUGGAUCGACUCUUCCUAUUGCUCAUACUGGACAAGGCUACAUAGCAGAUUCUGUAAUAAAGGCUCUCCUCUAUGUGAACAUUGUUGUGUUUCUAAGAGCCAUAGGUUGCCUUUCUCUUUGUCUAAUUCUACUGAAGUGGAUGUUUAAAUGGGCUCAGCGGCAGAAAGAGAAAGUGAGAAAGAUGCUAGUGGCAGCUAAUGAUCAGCCUACACAGAAACUGAACUUCAUCGAUGCAAUCCAAUGCCUAGGGGUGUCUUACCAUUUUGAAAGUGAGAUUGAGACAGCUUUACAACAUAUAUAUGAAACCGAUUAUGAUCAUCAUGAUGACAAAGCCAACGAUGAUCUUUAUACUGUUGCUCUCUCGUUUCGGUUACUUAGACAACAAGGAUAUCCCAUCUCUUGUGAUGUUUUCAACAAAUUCAUGGACGACAAUGGCAAAAUUCGUGAAUCCUUAAUUGGUGAUGUGAGAGGAAUGUUAAGCUUGUAUGAGGCUGCACAUCUUAGGGUGCGAGGAGAAGAUAUACUGGAUGAAGCACUGUCUUUUACCAUCACUCACCUUGAGUCUGCGGUACCCAACUUGAGCAAUCUUGUUCAAGAACAAGUAAUUCAUGCUCUGAAUCAGCCCAUACACAAGGGCUUGAAAAGGCUAGAGGCAACCCGUUACUUCUUCUUCUAUGAGCAAGAUAAUUCUUAUAAUAAAGUUCUACUGAAUUUUGCAAAACUAGAUUUCAACCUAUUGCAAAAAAUGCACCAAUGGGAGCUAAGCGAAAUCACAAGGUGGUGGAAAGAAUUGGACUUUGCAAAGAAAAUGCCUUUUGCAAGAAACAGAAUAGUGGAGUGCUAUUUUUGGAUAUUGGGAGUUUAUUUUGAGCCCCAAUACCUACUUGCUAGAAGGAUGCUAACAAAAGUGAUUGCCUUGACUUCCAUUAUUGAUGACAUCUAUGAUGUCUAUGGUACUUUAGAAGAACUUGCGCUCUUCACUAAUGCAAUUGAGAGGUGGGAAAUCAGUGCCAUAGAUCAACUUCCAGAGUACAUGAAACCAUGUUAUCAAGCACUUCUAGAUGUUUACAACAUGAUUGAUGAAGAGAUGGCGAGGAAAGGAACAUCAUAUCGCGUCCACUACGCAAAAUCUGCAAUGAAAAUUUUAGUUAGAGCAUACUUUGAAGAAGCCAAAUGGUUUCACCAAGGCUAUGUUCCAAGUAUCGAAGAGUAUAUGCGAGUUGCUCUAGUAACUAGUGCUUACACAAUGCUAGCAACCACUUCCUUGGUGGGCAUGGGAGAGGUGGUGUCCAAAGAGGCCUUCGAUUGGGUGUCAAGUGAUCCUUUAAUUGUUCAAGCUUCAUCAGUAGUUUGCAGACUCAUGGAUGACAUAGUUAGCCACAAGUUUGAGCAAAAGAGAGGUCACGUAGCUUCAGCAGUGGCAUGUUACAUGAAACAGAAUGAUGCAUCGGAGGAAGAAGUGCUUAUUGAAUUUCACAAACAAGUUACAAAUGCAUGGAAAGAUAUAACUGCAGAGUGCCUCCAUCCAAUCGAGGUCCCAAUGCCUUUGUUAUUGCGAGUAGUCAAUCUUGCACGAGUGAUAGAUGUUUUAUACAAGGAUGAAGAUAGUUACACUCAUUCCAGAACUAGGCUUAAAGGUUUUGUAACCUCAGUACUUAUCGAUCCCGUGCCAAUAUCUAAUGAAAAAACAAAACAAAUCACUAUCUAGAUACAAAAUAUAUCUGGACCAAUAAGAUCUUUUAAAGGGGGACUGCAUGCAGGUAGGACAAAGAAAAAGAAAUUACUAACACACGGGGUGGAAGUGUGUCUAUGGUGGGGUGUAAAUGAAAUAUUUUGCACCCCUCAUAUGUUGAUAAUUAUUUUCUCUUUUUUUCACCUAAAUGUAGUUUCUCCUUUUUUAAAAGUGGGUCUAUUAAUAAA